GCGCAUGUCAUGCUUCGACGAUGACACCUCGCAAAAACAAAGAGAUUUUUCGCAUUUUUUCUGAUUUUUAAAAUCUGUGAUUAUAACAAAUGAGUGUCAUAUUUAUUAUUUAAUCAAUAUUAAUAAAAUCGUGGUUCGAUCGAUUCAAAUUUUGUACAACGGUUAAUACAGCUCGUAAAGUUGACAGCUCCGAACAAGUUUAACAACUGGAAUUACCCCAAUUGAGAAUGAACGGAACACUAAACUACACUGCACUUAAUGUCACGGAAAAAUUUCGGAAUGAGAGCCAUGACGUAUCCCCGAACCACCACAUUCACGGCUACGAGAAUAUUAUCGACAACAUAUGGGUCCAGACCGUUUUCUGCAUCAUAUACACUAUUAUUUUCGUGUUAGGUCUACUCGGCAAUGUGCUGGUUUGCUUCGUUGUGAUACGAAACCGUGCCAUGCAAACUGUUACAAAUCUGUUUAUAACUAAUCUAGCUCUCUCUGAUAUACUACUUUGUCUAUUCGCUGUCCCUUUCACUCCACUAUAUUCGUUCCGUGGUUCCUGGAGUUGGGGAUCGCUACUAUGCCACAUGAUGCCUUCUGCACAGGGUUGCAGCGUAUACAUAUCGACUCUUACUCUUAUGUCUAUAGCUAUUGAUAGGUUUUUUGUAAUCAUAUAUCCUUUUCGGCCGAGAAUGAAGAUUGAGACUUGUAUUACAGUUAUAGUUAUGAUAUGGACUUUUUCAGUGACCGUUACACUACCGUACGCGAUUUAUAUGACUUAUUACGAUUUAGAUAUAGGAAGAUUCUGUGAAGAGUCGUGGCCGUCCGAGGAUCUGAGACGUAUAUUUGGUUCAGCGACCUCUGUUCUCCAAUUUGUCUUGCCAUUCACAGUGAUUGCGUUCUGUUACACAUGCGUCAGUUUCAAAUUGAACGACAGAGCGAAAGCGAAAGCGGCGAGCAAAAAUACGAGAAAAGAGGAAUUCGAUAAGAAUAGAAAACGAAGAACCAAUCAGAUGCUUAUCGCAAUGGUUACCAUUUUCGGUUUAUCUUGGCUCCCUUUGAACAUCACAAAUCUAUAUAACGAUUAUUAUAUAUACGCCAUACAUUCGAGAUUUUAUUUUCUCAUAUUCUUCGUGUGUCAUGUUAUAGCGAUGUCGUCUACGUGUUACAACCCGUUUAUCUACGCGUGGAUGAACGAGAAUUUUAGAAAAGAGUUCAAACAAUUGAUACCGUGCAUAGAUACAUCGGCGCAACUGCGAGCUGGUAUUCCUUUGCAGCAAUUAGGGGCGUGCCAAUCAGAGAAAACCUUUAACGGGAACACGACAACAGACAGCUUUUUGGGUUCGAGCUCGCAAAGAGGCACUUCAUUUAGACAUAAAAGGAAACCAAGUGCCGCGGCGGAUGUUGAAAAGAGCGGAGUCGAGUUGAAUGAGGACCUUUUGACGGUUGAUGUGAAACAUUGCCAUAUUUCAACCAGUUACAAUUUGAGACGCGAGUCGGUGAAAUUGCGUCUCAUUAACGAAGAGUCAUUUGACGGAACACCGACACAGAGUCAAUUCUAACGCUUGAUUGCCCGGGCGCGCUUUUGGAAACGUUCCCAGGUUUGAAUAACAAGAAGAGUUAUUUUUAGAAUACUUUUAUAAAGAAACUCCCAAUACGCUUAUGAAUAGAUAUUAUAGAUUCUUAAUGAAAAUGUAAGGUAAUCUGCGCCUAAGCGGAAGAUUUAGUCGAGACUUAGCGCGGACAUAGUUUGUAUACGUUUUUGACAUAGGAGAGUCGUACUUAGCGCUCAGUCGACUCUAAAUCUUUCCCUAAGACGUAUUUACAAUUAAAUAUUUUCUUCUGCCCUGCGACUCUGUAACUCACUUUUCGAACUCACA